UAUUUAUGCCUAGUUUAGGUAUACGGUUAUAGCAAUGAUUACGAAAAGCUUGAUUUUGAUUUUCGUGGCACAUUCGGGCUUAUGUGUUGCACAGGUUAAACGUAGCCCAAACAUAAUUAUAUUUCUUGCCGAUGAUUUGGGAUAUGGCGAUCUCGCGGCUUAUGGAAACACAGAACAGGAAUCUGGGCCUCUAGAAAAAAUGGCUCAGGAAGGAGUUCGGUUCACUCAAUGGACGUCUCCCUCAUUUGCCUGCACACCAAGUAGAUCGGCUUUGCUAACAGGCAGAUACGCAGUGAGGAGUGGCGUGUACGGAAAUUCAUCAAGAAACUUUACUCCGACGUCUACGGGUGGUCUCCCGGCCAGUGAAAUCACAAUUGCAGAAGUUCUGAAGCCUUUUGGAUACACGACCGGCAUGGUUGGAAAAUGGCAUCUUGGAAUAAACCAAGCUACAAGCACCGAUGGAGUUCAUCUACCUCACAACCAAGGUUUUGAUUAUGUUGGUUCAAACUUUCCUUUCACCCAUUCAAAAACUUGUGAUGGUGAACAUAACGUAGAUAAUGGUAGUCCAGGCGGAGGAAAACGUCAAGGAGGACGGAGAGCUAGAAGACGCGGGAGAUCACGAAGACAGGCAGGUCGACAAUCAGGAUCCAAGCUUUGCUUUCGUUACGAGGGAUCACAAAUAGUUGAACAACCCUACUCGACUUCAAAUCUCACACAAAAAUUCGUGGAAGAUGCUAUCAGUUUUGUUAAAACAAAUAAAGACAACAAGUUUUUUCUGUAUGUGGCACUCCCUCAACCCCAUCCAGUAUGGUUUUGCAACAGCGACUUCUGUGGGAAAUCGAAACGAGGCGAAUAUGGCGACGUCUUGAACGAAAUGGCGUGGGCCGUUGGUAAAGUAUUGGACCAAUUAAAGACCCUUGGUAUAGACAAAGACACUCUGGCAAUUUUUGCAUCAGACCAUGGCGCUCGUCAACCAACAUGUGAUUCAACAUGGUCUAAUGGUCCUUUCCGAGGUGGAAAAGGGACAACUUGGGAAGGAGGAAUUAGAGUCCCAGCGAUUGCAUGGUGGCCUGGUACACUCCCCGCAAACACGGUCAGCAAUACAUUUAUCAAUCACCUUGAUAUUUGGCCAACGGCCGUAAAGUUGGCGGGUGGAUUCAAUUAUCUAACUGUUUUGAAGUCCACUGGAUACCACAUUGAUGGGCAAUCGAUUCCAGAUCUCAUGUCGUCCAUUUCAAGAUCUACGCCGCAGCGGAACCAAAUGUUCUAUUACUGUUCCGAUCGUCUUAUGGCGGUUCGAUAUGGGAAUUAUAAAGUACUUUAUCGUACAAUGGGAGAAUUCGCAACAACUUCUGGAUGCGAUAACUCUGAAAAGUAUUCAUGCUAUGGCGACGAUAUAGUGGAACACAACCCUCCUAUAGUUGUUGAUCUCGUGAAGAGUCCCGGUGAAACGGUUGCCGAAAAUAAUUACCACGCUACAACUAAAUUCAUUAUCUUAAUGGCGUCUCGACUCGUGCAUCAACAUGAGUCUACUAAGAACAACAUUCAGCCGAGUCAGUUAGACUUGGCAACGAAUGACAGGUUAUCGCCGUGUUGCAAUCCUCCAUCUUGUUCCUGCAGUGGGAGCUCUCAAUGAUUCAGCCAGACAGUGACAGUGGUAUACUUUAUUUCCAACUAGGAUUUCUUGACCAAGAGAGCUGAACAUUUAAAUUAAUGGCCAGAUAUAAUUUGUUAUUACUUAAUAUAAAACUAACAUCUGCAGAAUGAAUUUUAAAUAAAUCAUUUUAACAU